AGUUGUUGUAUAUGGCCCAUACUGAAACCCUCUCAACGGUCACUUCGCUUUUUCGAAACAAUACAAAAUACGCAUCGAUUUGGUAUCGGAAACGCCACCAUUUUCUGCCUUAUAAAAUCCUUCCUUCAAUUCCUCUCCUUGUUCACCGGGCAGCAAUCCUAUCCUCGCCGAAACAUUUACUCUUCUCUUCUUUAAUUUACUCCAAUUUUUUCGUCUCUGGGUCGCCGGGAAAUAUUCUCCAUUCGCUGUCAAUUUGAUUAAAGUAUAAAAAAUGUUUGGCAGAACAUUCCUCGGUUUGCUAUCAUUGUUCUUCUUGUGUCUGUCAUAUACCGGCGAGGCACAAAUUUCUAAUGCUCCUGCUCAGGCGCCCAAAUCUAACCAUGUCUCUCCGGCCCCGACGAAAACUGCUGUUCCGCCCACUUCUCCGUCAAGCCCUAUCCCAUCCCCGGCGAAGUCUCCGGUUCACUCACCGGCUCCAAAGAUUUCUCCGGCAUUGCCGGUUUCUCCAAAAGCCAGCCCUUCUGCGUCGCCUGUGCACUCCCCGGCGGCUGCUCCCACGGUGCACUCCCAUCCCCCGACUACGAAGGUUUCGCCAGCGCCUACUCCGUCAUCCAGUGCGGCUGUUCCAGUCCCAUCUCCGGCUUCUCCUUCUCCGUCCGCUGAAACCCCAGUGAGCGCUCCGGCAAUGUCGCCGCCGGCGCCAUCUCCUUCGGGUAGCCCCGCGAGUUCCCCAGUGCAAGCCGAAGUUCCGGCUUCUGCGGCAGUACCGUCCACAGGUAUACCCUCAAGUUCUGCAACACCGGCAGAGUCGCCAGAGAUAUUCCCGUCGACAAGCAGCCCACCAAGUCCUACGCCGGUUGGGGCUAGUUCGGCACCGGAGAGUGCACAAGGCCCAGUUGGUGAUGACCAAUCGGGUUCGACAUCUAUUUAUGGGGGCCCAAUUUUACUUGCUGGACUUACUCUUUGGGCCACUCUUGCCCUUUAAUAUCUAUCUUAGUAGUUUAGUACUGUAUAAUAGUGUUUGCUUUGUCAUUUUAAUUUUUAGUUCACGUCUACGUAGUACUAUUAAAUUUUGUCGAAGGAGAUUUUGUUUCGAUAGAAAUGUUGUACUCCUAUUAUAUUACUCGCCACGGCAAUAAAACUUUCUAUAUAAUACUCGUAUAUUACUUCUACUGUAUUGCAAUCUAGCAAUCUUAUGGAACCAUAAAAACUAUUUCUUC